GAGGUGUACUAUAAUAACCCUACUUUGGGGGAAUUGCAAUAAGCAUUUCAUUUCCGUGUAACUGCCCCCAGCGAGUUCAGUACGCUAUUACAAUGAGCAAAGAGGCAUUCCUCUUAGAGACAUUUAUAUAAAUGGGCUGAGAACACAGCUCUACUGGAAUUCGAGAUAGUAGGAACUGCAGACGCUGGAGAAUCCGAGACAAAACCUCUCUGCUCGGUCUACUGGAAUUCGCUGCUUUUAUCGAGCUCCGGUGAAUUAGCGUGCCAGUCCCCUGAAGCAACGCCGUUUCUGAUUGGUUAUUAUCAAAUCAGCCACAUUCCCUCUUAAAGCAGGGAAUGCAGUAACGAUACUUUAACCUGCCUUCACCACGUUUUUCGUUGUUGAAAUUUCUGGGUUGAUAGUGGGCUUGUCUUCUGUGUAAAUAGAGAGGAAGUCUUGCCAUUUGUCAGUAAUUCUUCAACAUGUUGUGGCGGUCAAUGCCCCUAUUUGUUUCGGGUAUGGGUAAUGAUAGUGAAUUGUUGCUGGAAUCGCUCUCCUGGUUCAUGGUCCUGCUGGGAGGCGGUGUCUUCGUGGUCUUGAAGUUCGUCGAUUUGCCGUACGGGAGGUAUGCUUGCAGCAAGUUCGGCUUUCCAGUCAACGUGAAGAUUGCCUGGUUCAUCCAGGAGCUGCCGUCUCUGACAGUACCACUUUAUCUGGUGUGUUUCAGCACUGAUAUUAAACCUUUGCCGCUUCCCAAUCGCUUGCUCUUGGGAAUGUUCAUCGGCCAUUACAUCCACCGGUCACUGAUAUUCCCUUUUUUAAUUAGAGGAGGAAAAGCGACACCCUUCAUUCCUUUUGCAUUAGCUUUCAUAUAUUGUGCAUUUAAUGGAUAUCUGCAGGCUAGAUUCCUAAGCAAGUAUGCUGUCUACCCCUCAAACUGGAUAACUGGUCCACGCUUUCUCGCAGGUUUUGCACUCUGGGUUUUUGGUCUAUCAGUAAACCUACAUUCUGACCAUAUCCUCAGAAAACUACGAAAACCUGGUGAAACAGUAUAUAAGAUCCCACACGGAGGAAUGUUUGAGUAUGUGUCUGGUGCUAACUUCCUUGGAGAAAUAGUAGAAUGGACUGGGUUUGCCAUAGCUUGUUGGUCACUACCUAGUGCAGCAUUUGCUAUAUUUGGAUUUUUCAUUCUUGCUUCUCGGGCUACACAACAUCACAGAUGGUAUCUGGAAAAAUUCGAAGAUUAUCCUAAGUCAAGAAAAGCUUUGAUACCUUUCCUGUAUUGAAAUGGCAAAUACAUAUAAAUGGUUAGAUUCUCCACUGGAAACUAGAUCAUUUUGUAUCGAUCAGUGAGAAGUUGAUGUGCGUACCUCUGAAGUCAGAACUAAAUGCACCAUAAAAGCUAUGACUUGUCCACUUCAGUGUAAGAACCCAUUUAACUGCAGGAACAGUAUCAAUCACUUCUGCACAAUUCCUCUGACCUGUUUAGUCAACUUUUACAAGCAUGGAAUCUUAUUUCUUCAAGUUUAAAUAAUUUCAAGAGGCCUUUUAGCAAAAAUAGAAAAUAUUUUUGUCAUUUUUCAUUUCGAUCUUUUUAUUUUCCUUUCUUAAUGCAAUCCCUCCCCCACUGACGCUAUUUCAAUUUUCACCUGUUUUACUAUUCAGUCUGAUUUUUCUCACUGGCAUUCCCUGGUUCAGGGUCUCUGUUGUUCAUUGAAACACUUUAAAUCUGGUUGAGAAAUUACACAGUUGCUUGCUCCAUUCACACAAAUCAAGAUUUUUUGCUAAGUGAGCUGUUUUAAUUUACAGCAAAUUUCAGUGCAAAAUCCCAUCCAAUGCCUCUGACCAGAUGUAAUUAACUAACAUUUUCACUGCUGAGACUAAAAUCUGGUCCGAUGAAAUUCUUGAAAUGGAUAGUAUAACUAAUUUGCUGCCUUUUCUUAUUAAAUGAUGCUUUCCAAUAUAAUUGGCACAGUGCUAAGUUAUAUCAUCACCCCAUCUUCAACAGUAGGAUGAAACUAUCAGAUAAAAAUGGAAUUCAUAGAUCAAAAUUAUGUAUGCUGAAUAACAGAACAAAAAUAUUGCCUGGGAAUUUGUUACAAUCUGACUUUAUUCGGCUUGACAGGGGGUUGAUUUUAUUGAAAGCCAUUAUUAUCUUGCGACCAUACAUCUGCAAAACACAAAUAGGUAAUUUAUCCCCUCAAGGCUGCUCCGACAAUCGAGGAAAUUAUGGCUGAUCUGCGAUCUAAUUCUACACUUACAUGCAGAAAUUUGCUAUCCAAACUGUCCUGCUACUUCAUAACUUUCCUGGUUUCACAUCAAACUUUUUGUAUGUUGAGCAAUAUCUAUAAAUAGAUUUUGACAAAACUGUAUAUAACUGCACCAGUAGCAACCAUAUCUCCUCAGCUUUAAUUUUGUAUUCAUCGCCUAACUGCUGUUCAAAUGAUUUUAGCUAUCUUCCCAUGGGUAUUUAAGUUGUUUGUAAUAAAUAUGGAGGUUAACAGCUAUAAGAAAAUAUUGUCUUUCUCAUUUGCUACCAGCAGAUCUUUAGCUAUUCCUAAUACAAUUCAAAUCCUUUAUCUACAUCAUGCUCAAUAGUUUCCCUAACAUUAGUACCAAAUAGCCUGCAAAGUAACAAUUUCACCAAAUAUUCCAUGCCACCUGCUUUUAUCAUUUAAGAUUAAAAUAAUGCAAGACCCUGGCCACCUGAAACAUAAAUAGAGAUACUAGCAGAGAAACAUCUCUCUCUCCGUAGCUGCUGCUGUACCUGAUUUCCAGCAGUUCUUUCAGUUUUUGUUAUGCUGCUAUACUUGCUGUUUAUUCCCAGCAUUUUCUGUUUUCAUUUUUCUCUUAGCCUUGGUUCCAUUAAAGUAUCAUGGUAGCAAUUGUGUGGCUAAAUCAUAUUAGACUCACCACAACAGUAACUCUGAAAAAUGAAGUGCUUUACCUUUCUCGCCAACUUCACAUUCUGGAUACUUUCAGGUCAGUUAUGACCACUCUCCCAUUACAAACUGGAACCACUAGAUGGCAAUAAUCCACAUGCAGUUUUACAUGUUGAUAUGUUGCAAUUUACAUCCCAGGAAACAAUCUAUUAUCAGUUCUAAUUUGUUAUCUUAUUGCACCACAAGCAAACAGGAUACUGCAAAGAAAUCAAUGGAAUUUUUUUUUUCAGAAAUAAUUAAUGGGGAACAAAGAAUCACAGUCAUAGGUCGCCUUGCUGCAAAAUAAUAUCCGAACAUUGUGAUCAGUGUAAAAUUUUGCUUCUUGCCACAAUAAAAAUAUUUUUUUUAAAGUUUGUCAAAAGCAGAUUUGAAUAAAACAGGCUAUUUGUUU